UCACGGACUCAAAUGUUUAAGAUAAUUCAAAUCAAAUCAAAUCACUAUUCUUUGGAUAAUCUAGAAUUUUUGUUUUGAUAAUUGAGAAUUUUAGUAGAUUCCUUUUCCUCUGUUUCUAUCCAUCUAUCCAAAAUAAACAACCAUAAAUGCCAUCAUCCUUUCUUAAUCACGGGGUUGCUGUAAACAAAUAACAUGUGUAUGGAGUUUCCAGCCCUAUAAAAACACAGCCAUCCACUAAUACUCUCUCCAUUCCCAUUUUUUAUAACCAAAAAAAAAAAAAAGCCAAUCCAUGGCUUUAAACAGAGUAAAUUGCUCUGUUUUUACAUUUCUUCUGUUACAAUUUUUUAUCAAUGCUCCUUCAUUGGUUGUAUGCCAAUCACCAGUUUUUGCUUGUGAUGUUAGUAAAAACCCUGGUUUGAAGAAUUUCAGUUUCUGUGAUUCUUCAUUGAAGAUUUCAUCAAGAGUUGAUGAUUUGGUAAAGAGAUUAACAUUACAAGAGAAGAUAACAUUCAUAGUGAAUAAAGCUGGUUCAGUGAGUAGACUUGGUAUACCAAGUUAUGAAUGGUGGUCUGAAGCUUUACAUGGUGUUUCAUAUGUUGGUCCUGGUACUCAUUUCUCUAAUGUUGUUCCUGGUGCUACUAGCUUUCCUCAACCUAUUCUUACUGCUGCUUCUUUCAAUGUCUCCCUCUUUUAUGCCAUUGGCCAGGUUGUUUCAAAUGAAGCAAGAGCAAUGUACAAUGUGGGUUUAGCAGGAUUGACAUAUUGGAGUCCAAAUAUCAAUAUCUACAGAGACCCAAGAUGGGGAAGAGGUCAAGAAACUCCCGGCGAAGAUCCGCUGCUAUCGAGUCGAUACGGAUCAGCUUAUGUCAGAGGUUUGCAGGAGACUGGGGAUAGCGAUCCUGACAGACUGAAAGUUGCAGCUUGCUGUAAGCAUUACACAGCUUAUGAUGUGGAUAACUGGAAAGGUGUUGAUAGAUACACUUUUGAUGCUAAGGUUACUAAACAAGAUAUGGAUGAUACUUACCAGCCUCCAUUCAAGAGCUGUGUUAUUGAUGGGAAUGUCGCGAGUGUUAUGUGCUCGUACAACAAAGUUAACGGAAAGCCAACUUGUGCAGAUGCUGAUCUCUUGGCUGGGGUCAUUAGAGGGGAAUGGAAACUUAAUGGGUACAUAGUAUCAGAUUGUGAUUCAGUUGAUGUCCUAUACAAGAACCAACACUACACCAAAACCCCUGAAGAAGCCGCAGCUGUAUCUAUAGCAGCAGGAUUAGAUCUCGAUUGUGGGACUUUCCUUGGCCAACAUACCGAAGCAGCAGUUAAAGGCGGUCUCCUAAAUGAGUCGGCCAUUGACAAUGCGGUCUCUAACAAUUUUGCAACACUCUUUCGGCUUGGAUUUUUUGAUGGAAAUCCUAGUGAACAAAAGUAUGGAAAACUCGGUCCUAAGGAUGUUUGCACGCAAGCGAACCAAGAACUGGCUCGUGAAACAGCAAGACAAGGGAUUGUGCUGUUGAAGAACAAGCCAGCAUCAUUACCCUUGUCAGCAACUGGUAUUAAGUCGUUGGCGGUGAUCGGACCCAAUGCCAAGGCCACUAAAACUAUGAUAGGCAACUAUGAAGGUACUCCAUGCAAGUACACAACUCCUUUGGACGGCCUGACAGCUUUGGUUCCAACUGUAUAUUCAGCUGGCUGUUCUGACACAGCAUGUGGAACUGCACAAUUAGAUGAGGCAAAGAAAAUUGCAGCACAAGCAGAUGCCACUGUUUUGAUAGUUGGAACCGAUCAAUCUAUUGAGACUGAGAGCCGGGAUAGGCUUGAUAUUUACCUUCCGGGUCAGCAACCACAUCUUGUGUCAGAGAUUGCAAAAGUAUCUAAAGGACCUGUAAUUCUAGUUAUCAUGUCUGGAGGUUCCAUGGAUAUAACAUUCGCCAAAGAUGACCCUAAAAUUUCAAGCAUCCUAUGGGUUGGGUUCCCUGGCGAAGCCGGUGGUGCUGCAAUAGCAGAUGUUAUUUUUGGCUCCUACAAUCCAAGCGGGAGACUACCCAUGACAUGGUAUCCACAAGCAUUUGCAGAUAAGGUCCCAAUGACAAACAUGAAUAUGAGACCAGACCCAGCAACCGGUUAUCCUGGUCGUAGCUACAGGUUUUACACCGGUGACACUGUCUACGCAUUUGGUGAUGGUCUAAGCUACACAACAUUCCAUCACCGGCUAGUGAGAGCACCUAAACUAGUCUCAAUUCCAUUAGAAGAAAAACACAUGUGCCAUUCAGAGGAAUGCAAGUCCAUUGAUGUAGUCUCUGAAAACAUUUGCCAGAACUUGGUUUUUGACAUUCAUUUGAGGGUUAAAAACAGGGGACGAACGAGCGGAAGUCAUACGGUGCUCGUGUUCUCUACUCCUCCAGCAGUGCAUAAUUCUCCUAAGAAAAAUUUGUUAGGAUUUGAGAAAGUAUUCUUAGAGAGCCAAAUGAUGCAGAUAGUGAAAUUCAAGAUUGAUGUUUGCAAAGAUUUAAGUGUAGUUGAUGAAAAUGGAAACAAGAAAGUGGGCUUGGGUGAACAUGUUGUUCAUAUUGGUGAUUUGAAGCAUACUCUAAAUGUGGGUACUAUUUGAUGAAUAAUAGGUGGGGAAGAUUUGUCUCUCCAAUUUCUAAUUGGAGAUUAAUUCUUAAAAUGCAAUUGACAAAUGUAAUUUCUGAGAGGUUGUAACAAUUUUCUCAAUUUGUUUUAAUGGUAAAACGGAAAGAAUUUGAUCCAA